CUAAGCUAACUCCACCUGGCUGCUUGCUCCAGCUGUUUUUGUGGUCCAAUACAGCAUGUGUCAUCGGUAAUAAGUCUCUGUAAGAAGACGGUGGACGAAGAGCGAAGUUUGAAGCAUUUUAUUGCUUCCUGGACAAAAUGCGGCAGUUUGUUCUUUGGCUGUCUUGCGGGACCCAUAGAUGCUGCUGCUGACGGAAUAACAGAGGAGCCAGCCGCCUUCUGACCCGCCUCAGGUCCGCGUGGAAGCGCUGCUGUCAGUGGCUCUGCGGCAGUGACACGGCUUCUCGUCUGGGCUUUUCAGCUAUGAUGCCUUCCUGGGGGGAUGUAAUGGACAAAUCGAGCCGAGUGUGUCGACCCCAGCGGAUUAGCGAAUCGUCUAAGGUUUUCCGCUGGGUGGAUCAUGCCGCUGAAGUGCUGCAGGGCCUCAACGAGCAGCGGCAGCACGGCCAGUUCUGCGAUGUGGUCCUCGUGGCUGAAGACGAGCGCGUCCCCGCUCACCGAGCCCUGCUGGCGGUCUCCAGCCCGUAUUUCAAUGCUAUGUUUACUUUGGGCAUGAAGGAGGAGCACCAGCAGGAGGUGGAGCUGGUCGGGAUGUCCUUCAUGGGUCUGAAGGCGGUGGUGGACUUCCUGUACAGCGGCGAGCUGCCACUGGACGGAGGAAACAUUGACUAUGUGCUGGAAGCUGCUCACCUCCUGCAGGUAUGGCGAGCGGUGGAUUUCUGCUGCCAGUUCCUGGAGACAGAGGUGAGCGAGGACAACUACCUGUACCUGCAGGAGCUGGCGCUGCUCUACAGCCUGGAGCGACUCAGUGCCUUCAUCGACCGCUUCAUCCUCAAACAUUUCUCCACGCUCUCUUUCACCCCGGACUUCCUGCGCGACAUUCCUUUCCACAAACUCAACUCCUACCUCUCCAGUGGCCAGGUUCAGCACGACAGCGAGCAGGCGCUUCUCCAGGCCUCGCUGCAGUGGCUCAGCCAGACGCCCGAGCGGACCUCCCAUGCCAGGCAGCUCCUCUCCCACAUCCGGUUCCCUCUGAUCCCGGUGGCAGACCUCAUGAGCAGGGUGCUUCCAGAUGUGCGAGCUCUGCUGCCCGAGGAGGCCGGCUGUGAGGCCCUGGUGGAGGAGGCGCUGGCAUACCACGCCAGGACCAGCGCUCAACCACUCCUGCAAACUGGACGCACCACAGUGAGGGGGGGAGUGGAGAGACUGCUGCUCAUUGGAGGAGAGGUUUCCGAGCGUGGGGAGGAGCUUAGCGCUAGCGUUUCCUGUCUGGACGCUGAAACGGGGAGCUGGAAGGUAGAGACUGAGCUGCCGGCCCAGCGGAGCCACCACUGCCUGGCAGUCCUGGGAGGUUUCAUCUUCACCGCCGGCGGGAGCUCGUCCAGGGACAACGGUGGAGACGCUGCCUGUAACCUUCUGUACAGAUAUGACCCCCGCCACAACCAGUGGACCAGGGGUGCUCCGAUGAACCAGCGGCGAGUGGACUUCUACCUGGGGACCGUGGGAGAGUACCUGAUCGCUGUGGGAGGGAGGAAUGAUACCGGAGCUUUGUCGUCAGUGGAGGUCUACUGCCCUGCUGAGGACUGCUGGUCCUACGUGGCAGGACUGCCCAGGCUUACUUACGGUCACGCUGGUACGGUCCACCGUGGCGUCGUCUACAUCUCGGGCGGUCACAACUAUCAGAUCGGCCCAUACCGCCGGGACGUCCUGAGCUACAAUCCGUUGCGGGAUGGCGAUGUGUGGGUGGAACGCCAACCCAUGUCUCUGGCCCGGGGCUGGCACUGCAUGGCCUCCCUCGACAACCUAAUCUAUGCCAUCGGAGGCAGCGACGACCACGAGGACACCUCGGAACGCUUCGACAUCCUGCAGGUGGAGUCCUACGACCCACGCAGCAACCAGUGGACCCAGAUUGCGCCGCUGCUGCUGCCCAACAGCGAGGCGGGGCUCGCUGUGUGGGCAGGUAGGAUCUAUGUUCUCGGGGGCUUCAGCUGGGAGAGCAUGGCGUUCUCCAGAGCCACACAGGUAUACGACCUAGACAAGGGGGCGUGGUCCAGAGGGCCCGACCUGCCCAAAUGCAUAGCAGGGGCUUCGGCAUGCGUGUGCACCGUGAAGCCUCCGCCGCUGUCAGCCUCGCCACAGAAGAAGAUGGAGCCUGGGGUGAAUGGAAGUUUAGAGCCUUCGUAACA